CAUACAUAUACCUCUAGGUUGCUUUUCUUUUUGAGGUUUACUUAAAUGAUAAUUAACCCUAGGAUAAGUAAUUAUUUACGUUCACUCAGGCGAAGUUGGACCAGCUGGCCUUCACUAUUUAAUCCAGCAAUUUUUGUAAGACAUGCUUUUUUCAUAACACCUUGGCCAUGGGCAUCCAGUGUUUAAUUUGUUGUCUCUUGCUGGUGCUUCCCAGUAUCUACGGAUUUUGUUUUUCUACGUUUGGAAGGGUCGAUAUAACAGCAACUGGGCGGAGGGUUCCAGUAUGUGAAUUUAAUGGUAUUGACUUUCUAGAUGGCUCAAAGUUCACGACAACGGGCUGCAACGAGUGCGAAUGCAAAAAGGGUCAUUUACAUUGUUGUGGCAUUGGUACAAAUGCUGGUGUAAUACAACCACCUCCAAACUGCAAAAUUUUGAAGGACGGUUGUAUAGCGAGAGAGGUUCGGAUAUCUGACGAAACACUUGACUGUGUUACCGGAAAACCUUAUCGAAACGAUACUGGGGAAGUAUCAUUUCCUACAGGCGCCACGCCUUUACAAGCAGGUUCUCCCACAACAACUGACCCGAUAGGAGGUGUAGCUGUGGGUCAUAUCCCACAUCCAAGCCUCUCCAAAUCCACUGUCAAUUCUAUUCCUAAUGAUGUGGCAACCUUAGAGAAUAUUUUCAAUACUAUUGCUAACAAUGCCCAAAAUGGAAAACGUACUUCUUUUGAUGACCUGCUUCGAGACAUAUCGUCCAGAAAAUCUCUGAUGCAAUCCAAUGUUGUUUAUCCCAAGUUUCCAAAAUAUCCACGGGUUCCAUCUACUCAGUACUCAAAUUCUUUCCAAUUGUUUGAUCCAUACACCACUAACGACGCCAUGUCAAACUGGUUAAUGUACAAUGGAAUCAUGGAUGGUGGAUUCUAGAUGACAUUGAUAACACAGAAACAUUUGAAGUAGGCGAGAUCGGUUUCUUGUUAUCAUUUUAUAAUCAUUACUUCAACUGUACAGAAACAUACAGGUAGUUGUAGCUCAGCUGGACUGAAUAUUCUGAGACACUGACCAAUGAAAACAUUUCAACUAGAUUGAUGUAUAGGAUUCUGAUGACUUGUUACAUAGUUAAAUUACGUGCUUACAAGUUUGAAAUAAAAGUUUACCUCGAGAAAAAUAUAUUGUUGAAUGGUAAGCCUGAAAUAAAAGUGUUUCCAUAUGAAAAAAAACUUACUUUAUCGAAAGAUCGUUUAAGAUGUAUUUGCAUAGAAAAAUUGAAUCUUAAUUUAUUUGUUUUAUAUAACGUUUCUAUGAAUAUUAUCAUUA